UGGUUCGAACCGUGUUUUGGGAACUAUAAUACUCAAUUCCCUAUAUAUAUCUCUAGGGGUAAUAAGAAUUAAAAAAUUUUUUUUUACAGAAGUGUACUAUUUUUAUUUGAAGAAGGUGCUACUAAUUAACCUUUCUCCUUCUUUAUAUAUAUCUGAAAAUGGCUUGUCUUGUAGUGCUUCAAUUGGGCGAAAACAAUGGUGCAAGAAUUGCCAUGUGGUGAUACUCACUCCUGGUAUUCAAUUAUAUAAGUGUGAUUCAAUAGGCUCCGGCUUUUCCUGAUUCUGAAACACAAGAAAGGCAAAAAAAAAAGAAAAGAAAAAUCAGACAGUAUUUAUUGAUGAUGAAGAGCAAAGCCAAAGACAGCGAGAGACACAGAGGCUAUAUCAGAGGCUAAAGGGAUAUUGGAACAAGCUUGAGGUACGUAACGUUAAACAAAAGAAAAAAAGGCUAAGUUAACUUUUUGUGUUAGCAAUGGAGUCUCCAAGAAUCCAUGGAGGUACUGAGGAGAAGACUAGUUGUGAAUCAGGAUGGACUAUGUACAUAGAAGACACUUUCCAUGGUAACCAUCAUCGCUCUGAUGUUGUCUACCAAGACUAUGAUGAAGAUGGUGACGAUGGGGAUUUCCGAGUAAAAGAUGAUGGUGAAGAUGGUGGUGAUGAUGAUGACGAUGAUGAUGAUAGUAGUGACAAUAGGAGCGAUGACUCGAUGACCUCUGAUGCAUCCUCAUGGCCUAGCACUCAGCUUCCAAGAAACACCAAGAAUCAUGCAGCAGCUGCAAAGAAUAGUAAUGCCAAACAAGUCAAUCACCAGACAAAGAAUAGAGCUUGUGAGAAAUUCAGCGACCAAGAAGAGGAAUCUGAGCUCAAGGCUAGAACAAGAACCACUGCAAAUAGUCGUGUUCAAAGUAGAGGCAAGGUGAGCAAAACCAAAUAAGACUCAUACUUCUUUUAAUAAUUUCUAUUGCAAUCCCAAUGUUUCUCUUUUGUCUCAAUGAAAAAGAAAAGAACAAGUAGUGUAUUUACCAUCAUUUGAGGAUGCUUUGCUUUCUUUAACGGGAUUAUGUUUUUGCUUAAAGCAAACUCCGUUCAUGUAACUUAUCCGUGUGGUUAAUCAUUGUAGCUAUGCUAAUAAUAUCUACCUUUUCCACAUA